UUAGUACAGACCGAACAAUGUCGAGAGGAGGACUGUUCACAAGCUCCUUCGUAUUGUUUAUAUUUUCUAUUCUUUGCGGUGUCACUGUAGGUCCGGAAAUACUUAGGGCCUGUCUGGAUUGCAAUUCACAGGCAUCAGGAGUUAAUGUCAAUCUCGAGGAUGUCGAGAGCAGAGUCUCGAGACUGGAGAGGAGACUGAGGGCUAUGGAGCAACCCGUUUGGGAGAUCAGGGGAAGAUCUGGAGACUGGGAAAUAUGCCUGGAGGGGCCGUGCAAGUGCAGACCUGAAACGAAAUCCAUUUCCUGUUGGAGACUAGAAUUGAUAGAUGUACCACCUACUCAACUAGUUCCUCAGGAUACCCUAAAAAUUGAUCUGGGGAGCAAUGAGUUGAGUGCUCUCCACAGGGACACGUUUCAGGACCUGACACAUCUUCGAGAUCUAGAUCUCAGUAAUAAUGUGAUCGAGCAUCUUCCUUUGAGUAUAUUCUACUCACUCCACAGUGUGACUAGUUUGAAAUUGGGUAAGAAUUUAUUGAGGGACUUGCACCAGAGUCAAUUGGUGAGGAUGAGAAAUCUUCAAAUUCUCGAUUUGUCGUCAAAUAAACUCCUCAAUCUCCCUGAUGGUCUCUUCAUAACAAACACAGUUCUCUACCUCCUCGAUGUAUCAUCGAACCGUAUAACAUCACUCCCCAAGGGAGUUUUUUACGGGUUACGAAACCUCGAGGAUCUCCUUUUCGCGAAGAACCACCUCUCACAUCUCGAUGUUAACGCCCUGAAGGAUCUCGUCAGCCUCAAGUGCAUUAGACUGGAAGAGAAUCGCCUCCGAGAUCUUCCAGUUGGAUUUUUAGACUCGCAAAUUAAUCUUGUAGAGCUAAACGUGCGAGACAACAGAAUCGUCUCACUUCCUGCAAAUUUAUUCAACCGACUGGAACGUUUAACGAGCUUAGAUCUUUCCAGCAACUUAAUAACAAAGAUGGACAGAGAUGCAUUUCGAGGUCUCACUGCUCUCCGGGAACUUCGUCUGGGACACAAUCACAUAAAGACAUUCCCCAAGGGAAUUUUCCUCAGGACUCCCUCACUGCAGCACUUGGUUCUUUAUGCAAACGCCAUCGAAACUUUGGCCAAUGGAGACUUUCAAGGACUUCACAAUUUAACUUCCCUGUUUCUGCAUUCUAAUAGGAUUAGAUACCUGCAGCCUGAUGUCCUCAAGGAUACUCCAAAUUUGAAGAAAUUGCAAUUAGAGGGUAAUCAUCUCCAGCACUUGCCGGUUCGUUUCUUGGAUAGUGUCCCGAUAAUCCAACAAUUGCGUCUCGCUCGUAACCCCUGGCAUUGUGAUUGUCAUUCAGCAUAUUUAGCUAUGUGGUUGAGAAAGAUGUAUUUGUUGAGGGUAAAUGCCACUACAAAUGGGCGUGGAAAUUUUUGGGAGUCUGGGGCUGGCGCCAUUUGUCGAGGGCCAGGUACUCUCGGGGGUAAAUUAGUCGCCGAAUUAUCUUUUUACGAUCUAUGCGAGGGCCAGUGGGCCUCGAUGAAGGGCCUGGCGCCGAGAAUUCCCGUCGAUGUCCUCGGCUGAAAGCGUUUCACACUUUUCUCAACGAAUUUCAAUCCAAAGUUCAGAUUUCGGUACUGUCGUUAUAUCGGUGGAGUUGAUUUACUUAAUUUCAUAGUGGCAGAGCACAUUUUAUCGGACAGAUGACUUGGGGUUAUCACUGGAGGAAAUCAGGGACGUAAAGCAUCUUUUUACUCAUUCAAAUGACAAUUUUUUGUGUAAUUGUACUAACAUUCUGAAUAAAUAACAUUCAAGAAGUUAUUAACCGUACGUUUCCUAUUUUUAAACCUCCAUUGAUGCAAUUUUAAGGAUAACAUUGAUCUAUUGUUGCAAUUUUUUUAAUUUCUGCGAAUUAAUCCACUGAUCAUCAUCCGGGGAAAUGGAAUGAAAAUAAUUCUGAGACAGGUCAACGGCAUAAAAAUAGUGGAGAGUAUUGUAAGUGCAAUGCAGAGACGAGUGAAAACCGGAUGAGAUACUGGAAAACGUGG